AGUCAUAAUAUAAGCAGAGAGAGAAAAAGAGAGGUGUCAGCAUUAUAAUCAGAACCAUUAGUUUUAUCCAUGUACAGAAGAUUCUGCAGGCCAAUGGUCCCUGAAAUAAAUAUACCUACUCUACUCUUCCUCUCUCUAGUAGUAAUAAUAACAAUUCAUAACCCACACAUUCACACACCACCUGCUUUCCCUGUUCUUUCCUGCAACUGUCUCUCUUCCACUUCACUGUUCUUUCUUAAGAAGAAGAAGAAGAAGAAGAAGAAGGAGGAGGAGGAGGAGGAGACCACUCUUUCAUUUUUCUUGAAUUUCGGAGAUGAUGAGUGAAACAGCCAAGUUUCCAUUCACUGCUUCUCAAUGGCAAGAGCUUGAACAUCAAGCUUUAAUAUUUAAAUAUAUGGUCUCGGGCAUUCCCAUUCCGUCCGAUCUUCUUUUCACCAUUAAAAGAAGCUGCUUGGACUCUCCACUUUCUUCAAAGCUUUUUCCUCGCCAACCUUCACAUAUUGGCUGGAGCUGUUUUCAAAUGGGUUUGGGGAGAAAAAUAGACCCAGAGCCAGGAAGGUGUAGAAGAACAGAUGGAAAGAAAUGGAGAUGCUCAAAAGAAGCAUACCCAGAUUCCAAAUACUGUGAAAGACACAUGCACAGAGGCAAAAAUCGUUCAAGAAAGCCUGUGGAAGUCCCAACCCAAACAGUGACAGCAAACCCAUCAAUAACAACACAAACUAUCUCAUCAAUCAACAAAAAUCACUCUUCUACUACUACUCUACUUGGAAAUACCCCACUUCCUUCUCAUUCUCUUUCUUUAUUGUCAUCUGAGACCCACCACCAAAAUCAUCACCUGCACUAUUCUGCUCCCUACCAUGCCCAUCUUAAUAACCAUCAGUUUUUGUCUUCUUCUUCAAGACCUCCUGGAAACAUUGGUCUUUCACACCAAGACAACUCUACUCCUUUGCUUUUGGACUCUGCUCCUGGUUCUGGUUCUUUGACUAAUACAGCAGACUACAGAAACAGGAAAGCUUAUGGGAUGAAAGAAGAAGUUGAUGAGCAUGCUUUUUUCUCAUCAGAACCUUCUGGUUCUAUGAGAAGCUUAUCUGGCGGUUCUUCUUUAGAUGAUGCUUGGCAAUUUACUCCACUUACAAUGAAUUCUUCCUCGACUUCUUCUUCAAACCAGAGGGGUUUGUCUAGCUUGAACAAUGAGUAUUCUUACUUGCAGCUUCAUAGCUUAAGUGAUCAUGAUAGUACUCCAAAGCAACAAAAGAUGUAUCAUCAACGAAGUUAUCUUCUCGGAAAUGAAAUGAAAUGCCAACCACCUAUGAAAGUUGAAAGAGAAGAACAACCCCAAAAAACUGUUCAUCGUUUCUUUGAUGAAUGGCCACCAAAGAACAAAGAUUCGUGGCUUGAUUUGGACGAUAAAUCGCCAAAUAGCACAUCAGUAUCAACAACCAGGCUUUCAAUCUCCAUUCCCUCUUCACAUGAUUUCCCCAUCUUCAAUUCAAGAACCCAUAAUGAUGGUUGAUUUUGUAGAUGUGGGUUUUCUCUGUCGACGGCCAAGAAUGUCCUUACUUGGUGGGGUAGCUGCUUUUUGUUAGCGUUUAAGAACCGCCUAAUUUUUAAUUUUUAUUAUUUUUUUUUUUUUUUUUUUUUUUUUUUUGUUGAUUCCCUACUUCACUUUAGAGUUCAUAAAUAAAGAUUUAAAGACUCGGC